UGCCUCUCUCUCUCUCUCUCUCCGUCUCUCCCUCUCUCUCUCUCUUGUCUCCCUCUCAGGUAAUUCACUUCCAGACAGCGCGCGGCAGGCUGCUGAUGCUGCUCGAGCAGUUGCUCCUCUCCUCCGGCCGCCUCUCCCCGACAGCAUACCUCACCCGACCAGUGCCGGCGAGCAUCCGCAUGCGGAGCCGUCAUCUCGCGCUCUGUGGAGACUAAAGCCCCGGAUCUCUUUCACUGAAAAGACGAGGGAACGUCAGUGCUCGGCUGCUUUAUUGGAAUAUGGAAAACCCUAUAAAACCAGGAAUCUGAUUCCGUCCGUUGGUUUUAACGUCUUUAAGUGCAUACCUUUAUUGAUACGGAUAUUUAACUUCCUUGCAUUCAGUUGCUUCUGCUCGAAAUAUGGAAGUUCACCUCUUAUUUUGCCCAUGGUUUCAGCUGAGCAUAAUGCAACGUCUGUGAAGCACAAGUCUCGGUUCGUUCUCAGUCAGACCGGACCUGCAUGUCAGAAACGCAGUGGGAGGGGGGGAUCCUGUUAGCAGUCGAAAUUUGAUUUGAUUUUGUUCCUGGUUCGGAUCGGAUCGGAUUAGUUUUUUGCUGGGUGGCGAUGAGAGGAAGCCGUGUGAAUUCAGGAUGAUUUGACGUUCAUAGGAAUUUUUUAACAGGGUUGCUGGAGAUUUAAAAAAAUUCUCUCUCAACUGAAAGCAGCUACAAUUAGGUAAAAAAGCACCAAAGCGAGGCGGUUGCAAAGAAGACCGUACGCCCCUUCCUGGAGCGUUUCCGUCCACUGCCAAGCGUGCACAGCCGCUCGGGAUUUAAAACUAUCACCUCGCACGCAUCUUGGCUUCGACAUUUCCGAGGGGAAAACAGCCUUAAACUGCGGGAGAAAUGAAAGUUAUACCGACUGUGUUGUUUCUGGCCGUGUCCUGGAGUCUGAGGUGGAAUCCUGUGCUCUCCGAUUCCAUUAUACACAUCGGAGCAAUUUUUGAUGAAUCCGCCAAGAAGGAUGACGAGGUGUUCCGUAUGGCGGUGGCCGACCUCAACCUCAACAACGAGAUCCUGGAGACGGAAAAGAUCACCAUUUCCGUGGAGUUUGUGGACGGGAACAACCCCUUCCAGGCGGUGCAAGAAGCCUGUGAGCUGAUGAACAGGGGCAUCCUGGCUCUGGUCAGCUCCAUCGGCUGCAUGUCCGCGGGCUCCCUGCAGUCUCUGGCGGACGCCAUGCACAUCCCCCACCUCUUCAUCCAGCGGGCCCCGUCCGGGACGCCCCGCUCCAGCUGCCCCGACACCAGCCGCUCCCGCACGGAGGACUACACGCUGUUCGUGCGCCCGCCCGUCUACCUCAACCAGGUCAUCCUGCACGUGGUCAUGGAGUACACCUGGCAGAAGUUCAUCAUCUUCUACGACACCGAGUAUGACAUCCGGGGGAUCCAGGACUUCCUGGACAAGACGUCCCAGCAGGGCAUGGACGUGGCCCUGCAGAAGGUGGAGUCCAACAUCAACAUGAUGAUCACCAGCAUGUUCCGCACCAUGCGCGUGGAGGAGCUGCACCGCUACCGGGAUACGCUACGCCGCGCGGUGCUGUUCAUGAGUCCCACCACCGCCAAGGCCUUCAUCACCGAGGUCGUGGAGACCAACCUGGUGGCCUUCGACUGCCACUGGAUAAUCAUCAACGAGGAGAUUUCGGACCAGGAGGUCCAGGAGCUGGUGAUGAAGUCCAUCGGUCGGCUGACCCUGAUACGGCAGAUGUUCCCCGCGACGCAGAACAGCAGCCAGCGCUGCGUGCGGCACAACCACCGCAUCAACACCUCGCUGUGCGACCCCAAAGACCCCAAAGCCCAAACGCUGGAGAUAACAAACCGCUACAUCUACGACACCGUGCUGCUGCUGGCGAACACCUUCCACAGGAAGCUGGAAGACAGGAAGUGGCACAGCAUGGCCAGCCUCACCUGCAUCCGCAAGAACUCCAAGCCCUGGCAGGGCGGGCGCUCCAUGCUGGAGACCAUCAAGAAGGCAGGAGUCAGCGGCCUGACCAGUCUGCUGGAAUUCAACGACAACGGAACCAACCACAACAUCUUCUUCGAGAUCCUGGGGACCAAUUACGGGGAGGACCGUGGCCGAGGUGUCCGCACGCUGGGGACUUGGGACCCGGUGCACGGGCUGAACGGCACGCUGACGGACAGGAAGCUGGAGAACAACAUGCGGGGCGUGGUCCUGCGCGUGGUGACCGUCCUGGAAGAGCCGUUCGUGAUGGUGUCGGAGAACGUGCUGGGGAAGCCCAAAAAGUACCAGGGUUUCUCCAUCGACGUGCUGGACGCCCUCUCCAACUACCUGGGGUUCAAGUACGAGAUCUACAUCGCGCCCGACCACAAGUACGGCAGCCAGCAGGCGGACGGGGUCUGGAACGGCCUGAUGGGGGAGCUGGUCUUCAAGCGGGCGGACGUGGGCCUCUCUGCCCUCACCAUCACUCCGGAGCGCGAGGGCGUGGUGGACUUCACCACGCGCUACCUGGACUACUCCGUGGGCGUGCUCCUGCGCAAGGCGGAGCGCACGGUGGACAUGUUCGCCUGCCUGGCGCCCUUUGACCUCUCCCUGUGGGCCUGCAUCGCCGGCACCGUGCUGCUGGUGGGCCUGCUGGUCUACCUGCUCAACUGGCUGAACCCGCCCCGGCUGCCCAUGGGCUCCGUCUCCUCCACCACCCUCUACAACUCCAUGUGGUUCGUCUACGGCUCCUUCGUCCAGCAAGGCGGCGAGGUCCCGUACACCACCCUGGCGACCCGGAUGAUGAUGGGGGUGUGGUGGCUCUUCGCUCUGAUCGUCAUCUCCUCUUACACGGCCAACCUGGCAGCCUUCCUGACCAUCACCCGCAUCGAGAGCUCCAUCCAGUCUCUCCAGGACCUGUCGAAGCAAACGGACCUGCCGUACGGCACAGUGCUGGACUCGGCCGUGUACGACCAGGUGCGGAGCAAGGCCAUGAACCCGUUCGAGCGCGACCCCAUGUACUCCCAGAUGUGGCGCAUGAUCAACCGCACGGGCGGGGCCGACAACAACGUGGAGGAGUCCAAGGAGGGCAUCCGCAAGGUGAAGUACGGGCGGUUCGCCUUCGUGUGGGACUCGGCGGUGCUGGAGUACGUCGCCAUAAACGACGAGGACUGCUCGUUCUACACGGUGGGGAACAACGCGGCCGACCGCGGCUACGGCAUCGCCAUGCAGCACGGCAGCCCGUACCGCGACAUCUUCUCCCAGAGGAUCCUGGAGCUGCAGCAGAACGGGGACAUGGACAUCCUGAAGCUGAAGUGGUGGCCGCGGGACGGCCCGUGCGACCUGUACUCCACGGUGCAGACGCAGCCCCGCGGCAGCGCCCUGGACAUCCACAGCUUCGCCGGCGUCUUCUGCGUGCUGGCGGCCGGCGUGGUCCUCUCCUGCCUCAUCGCCAUGGUGGAGACCUGGUGGACCCGACGGAAGGGCUCACGGGUGCCCUCCAAGGAGGAUGACAAAGAGAUCGACCUGGAGCACCUCCACCGGAGGGUGAACAGCCUGUGCACCGAGGACGACAGCCCCCACAAGCAGUUCUCCACCUCCUCCAUCGACCUGACGCCCCUGGACAUGGACUCCCUGCCCGCCGCCCGCCAGGCCCUGGAGCAGAUCAGCGACUUCCGCAACACGCACAUCACCACCACCACCUUCAUCCCCGAGCAGAUCCAGACGCUCAGCCGCAGCCUGUCCGCCAAGGCCGCGGCCGGCUUCAACUUCGGGGCGGGGGUGCAGGACCACCGGACUGGCGGGGGGGGCCCCUUCAGGCAGCGCGCCCCCAACGGCGGCUUCUUCCGCAGCCCCAUCAAGACUAUGUCCACCAUCCCGUACCAGCCCACCCCCGCGCCCGGGUUCGGCUACGGCAACGACCCCGACCGGGGCACGUCCAUAUAAGGGCGCGCCGAGGGCGGAGAAACGCGUCACACACACACGCGCACACACACACAAGCUUACACACACACACACACACACACACACACACGCGCGCACGCACACACACACGUACCCGCACACAUAUACACACACACACACACACUCGAGAUCUGUACAUAGAAAUCUUUUUGAAGUUUUCCAAAUUUUUUGUGUCGCUUUGCUUUAGUGGGCAAAGUUGGGGGGGGGGGGGGGGGGGCGUUGUCCUUCCUGAACUAAGAGGAGAGAAGAGGAGGAGGAGGGUACUUUUUUUUGCUUUGUCGGUGUCGUCGUCCAGAUUAUUUUUUUUCUUUUUUUCUUCGUUUUUUUUCUUUUUGCUGUGGCGGGGGUGAGUUUUAGGUUUCCGUUUUUGGAGGUGCGCUUUUCCGACGAAGAGACCAUGCGUCUGUACGGACGGUACAGCAGUGGAACUUUUUAUAGAAGCGAAGCGAGCCGUCCUCUCCGCGCGAUCCACGGCACCGUACCUGCAAUAACUCCAGGUCUGCUUUGGCGGUCCAUCCUCCUUGUGGGACGGAGGAAGGGAUCUCGCGUGCGCCGGGCCGAGCCGAGCCGAGCCGAGCCGAGCCAAACCGAGCCGAGCCAAACCGAGCCAAGCGGUAUCCCGUCGCUCGGCACUUCAGGCCGGAAUGGAAAAUUGUCGUCCGGUGCAAGAGCGCUGUUCCCCCGGUGUCUGAGCUGACGUUCCCAGCCAGGACCACCAUCAUGAUGCACACAAGACUCCGCCCAUUGAUAAUACUGCACUGUACCAGUGCCCACACAUACCUGUAUGUGGCUGUAUGUAAUUCCGAUUUGUUCUCACCUGCGUAGUGCUGGCUAUUUUCAAGGUGGGAGCCUCAAGUCAAACACUUUAAAACAGAAAGGAUCUGAGGAACAAUUUCAAAAAAAAAAAACUGAGGAAAGACAAAAAAAAGACAAAAAGAGAAAAAAGACAACCGCAAGAAAGAGGACUUUAACUGCAGCUGAGGCUUCUGUGUGUCUUUAAUUGAAUUUGUUUUAAAUAUAACAAAUCUUAAUGCGUGGAAUGUGUUUGGUCAGAAAGUUUAAAAAAAACAUUGUGCUGAGGUGUCUACUUGUUUUUUUCUCUUCUGGUUUUGAAACAGAAAUUUGGACUUCUAUCCUGUUAUUCUGAUUCACACCAUGUGUCAUCACUGCCAUUUUGAUUUUUCUCUUUUUUCUAGUUACGACUAACGUCAAAGAUCGAUAAAUGUCAUUUUUUGACAUUUUUAUUCGAAAUGCCACCUGCUGACUGCUGUGUAUAAAUCACCCACACAUUCACGGAUAUUCAUGGUAGGCUAGGAGACGUGAAGGUCCACUCCUGGAGAGCCUCAGCUCCUGAUUGGCCGAGGGAGGUUCUAACCUGCAGUAACCGUCCAAUGAAGAGCGAGUCCACAAUCAUGCAUCAUCACGCCAUUUGGAACAGGGAUAUUACAGCAAUCCUAUAGGAACUCUUUUGAAAUGUCUUUAUUUUAUUUCUUAAAUGUUAAGGAUAAUGUUUAUCUAAUGUUUUUUAAGUGCCAAUUGUUUAAACAAGGCCAUUAAGGUGCAGUGGAAGAAAAAAAAAAAGAUAAAAACACAUUUUGAUGAAAAAAGCAACCAAAUCUUUUCACUAACACUGUAUUAAUAUUUAAUAAUGUUAGUUGUUUAGAAUGAGCUUUCAGUUCGUUAUCUUAAGACUAAAUUGCAAAUGUUGUGCGUAGAGAACAGCAACAGUGUUGAUGCAAGCAUUCUAGAUGUUUUUUUUUUCUUAAGCUAUGGCUAUCGAAUGAAGAUAGGAAUCAGCCAACAUUUUCAAAUUGCUUUAGUAUAAAUGAAGAGACAUUAUAAAAAAUGUACAUUUUACAUGUUGAUGCUAAUUUUGAUGGGAUUUUUAAAGAGAAACAUAAGCCUAGCAGUGAUUUAGCAGCCAUUCCACUUCAGACAGCCUCUCCCAUUCCCUCACAGAAAGUCCAUUUCAUCUGAACUUUGUUUUCAGUUUGGUUCAAUGAUUUAUGAAGGAGGCAAGUUCUUAAAAAGAAGCAUGCUUAAAACUUGCUAUGCCUGUAACAUUUUUAAUUUCGUACAUAGAACACACAGGAUUACUUGAUAAUUUUCAACUGAUUACAAUGUACAGUAUUUAAUAUAGGCCUAUUUUGUUGUAUGUGUUGCAUAUUAUUCAAAUGGAACAAACUGAGGCCCCUGUUACAAGUGGCAACGCUUUCUGUGUAUAAUUUGUCUAAUAAACUUGUUUUCUACAGUGG